AUGUCGGUGAGGCCUCUUAUUCUCAUCCUGGGAAUCACUGCAGCCACUGUUGUUACAGCUCUAGGAUCAUGGAGAAGAAACAACCAAGAGCCCGGCCCUGCUGUGUACCACUCUGAUGACAACUAUGAUUGGACAACAUGGUUCAAUGUUGAUCACCCCGGAGGCCGUGGAGACUAUGAGCAGCUGGAUGCCAUUCGCUUCUACUACCGUGCCCGAGUGUGCGAGACUCCCCGGGCAAUCGAAGCCAGAACCACUGAUUGGGUCCCAGCCCGUGAAACUGGGGAGAAGAUCCAUGCAGACCCCACUGUGGGCUUCUGGUGCCUCAAUGAGGAGCAGGGUCAUGAACGCAACUGCUCCAACUACGCAGUCCGCUUCCUCUGUCCCAAAGAUAACAAUGUGAACAUUCAGGCUACCUGGGGUCCAUGGUCAGACUGGAGCCCAUGCCCUGCCCUUUGUGGUCAGGUCGGGGUCCAAGUGCGCUCCAGAAACUGCCAAUCUCAAUCUAGGCCUUGCAGUGGGUCUAAAGUGGAAGGGAGAGGAUGCAAUGGACCGGAGUGCCUGAAAUCAGAUUGCUCCCUGCAGUGUGUGAUGGGGAAGGUAAAUGCCGAGUGUGAUGCAUGCAUGUGCGAAGAACACAUCCUGCUGGGUUCUGUUCGUGGUGCCGGGGGUCUCACUGCUGAAGGGGCUACCAUCCUUCGCUCUGGCAAACUCCUUACCCUUACCGAUCACAAUGGGCAUUUCCGCAUUCCUGGUAUCUGCCCUGAUGGCAACACUACCCUGACAGUCAGCCUGCAGGGUCACAUCACCCACAGCGUUGUUGUGCCCCACAGUGCUGAACGUACCUCUGUCCUCAGUGUCCAGCUAAAAAGAACUGAGAAACUUCGUGUGCUGAGCAACCCUGAGAGCAAGGUCAGGAGAGAGGGACAAACUGCUGCCUUCUGCUGCAAAGUGGCAGGAACUCCACCACCUGACAAGUACCAAUGGUUUCAUAACAACAGUCUCCUGGAGAAGCAGUCUGAGAGCACCUUGGUCCUAAAGCAUCUGCGUCCUGAGCACACUGGGGAGUACCACUGCAGAGCAAGUGGUCCAUCUGGGGCUAUUAAGACCAAACCUGCUACACUCAAAAUCUUAGGUAGAGAUGAGCUUUCAUGUAAUCCCAAGCCUGAAUCCCACCUCAUCCAUCUUCCACUUGACUGCUAUCAAAACAGCACAGACUCCUUCUACUACGACGUGGGCAAGUGUCCCUCAAGUACAUGUGCAGGACAGCUGGACAAUGUCAUCAGGUGCAAAGACAAUUUGGCUUAUUGUUGUGGUGUGCAAAAGAUGGAGAAGAGGCAGCUCACAUGCCAGGACUACCAACUGCCAGCUAUGGUGGUGACUGAGUGUGGCUGCCAGAAAUGUGUGGACACCAAGGCAAUUGUGCACGGUAGGGCCAUUGCUGCAGACAAUGGUGAACCAAUGAGGUUUGGCCAUAUCUUUAUGAAUGGAGUCAGAAUCAGCCGCACAGGCUACAAGGGUACAUUCUCCAUCCAGGUUCCUCCAGACACAGAGAGGCUUGUUCUGACUUUUGUGGACAACAUGCAGAAAUUUGUCAACACCACAAAGGUACUCCCAUUUAACACCAAGGGAGGGGCUGUUUACCACGAGAUCAAACUUCUAAGAAAGAAAGCUCCUGUGACCAUCAGCUCUACAGAAAUCAACACUCUGGAGCUGGGGGAGGUAGAGGGCCAGGAGGCAAUGGUUCAAAUCCAGAUCCCUCCCAAUUCUUUCUAUACAGAAAAAGGGGAAGUCUUCACUGGUAACGUAAAUGCUAGCUUAACGUUCCUCGACCCCAGAGACGUCUCCACAGCUGCAGCAGCUCAAAGUGAUCUAAACUUUGUAGGAGAGGAAGGUGAUACCCUGCCGCUGAGAACCUACGGGAUGUUCUCAGUUGACUUUAGGGGUGAGGAAAACAAUGAGCCCCUGAAUGCAGGUGAAGUGAAGGUGUUCCUGGAUUCUGCCCAGGUGAAGAUGUCUGAGCACCUCAGUACCAUGAAGCUGUGGUCGUUGAACCCUGAAACUGGCCUAUGGGAGGAGGAAGGAAGUCUGCAGAUAGAGAAGAAAAGAAGAGGCAAAAGGGAGGAGAGAACCUUUCUGAUUGGUAACAUGGAGAUCAGAGAGAGACGCCUUUUUAACCUGGACGUCCCAGAGAACCGCAGGUGUUAUGUGAAAGUGAGGGCCUUUCGCAGUGAGCGCUUCAUGCCCAGUGAGCAAGUGGAGGGAGUUGUAGUGAGUCUCAUAAACAUGGAGCCCACAUCUGGCUUCUCGUCUAACCCACGUGCCUGGGGCCGCUUUGAUAGUGCCGUUACCGGCCCCAGCGGUGCCUGUCUUCCUGCCUUCUGUGAUGAACAAAAAGCGGAUGCCUACUCUGCCUAUGUCAUGGCCAAUCUCGGAGGAGAGGAGCUGGAGGCUGUCCCUUCUGCUCCCAAACUCAAUCCCAACCUCAUUGGAGUACCCCAGCCAUACCUGGGUAAAAUGAACUACAGGCGGUCUGACCAUGAAGACUCCAGAGUGAAGAAGACAGCAUUCAGCAUCAGUGUGGCAAAACCAAGCCCCAACACAGCUGAGGAAGGCAACGGACCAGUGUACGCAUUUGAGAACUUGAAAGAAUGUGAGGAGGCCCCAUUCAGUGCAGCACACUUCCGCUUCUCAAGAGUAGAAGGAGACCGCUACGAUUACAACACAGUGCCGUUCAAUGAAGAUGACCCAAUGAGCUGGACACAAGACUACCUGAGCUGGUGGCCUAAGCCUAUGGAAUACCGGGCCUGCUAUAUCAAAGUCAAAAUCAACAGCCCACAUGAGAUCAAUGUGCGGUCUCGAAACAUGGGUGGCACCCACCCAAAAACAGCAGGCCAACUGUACGGCCUCCGAGACACUCGCAGCAUCCGUGACAUGGACCAGGCAACUCUUUCAGCUGUGUGCCUGGAGUUCAAGUGCAGUGGGAUGCUGUAUGAUCAUGACCGUGUGGAUCGUACCCUGGUGAAGGUAAUUCCUCAAGGAAGCUGUAAGAGAGAUCAUGUCAACCCAAUACUUCAGGAGUAUCUGGUCAACCACCUGCCCUUAGCAGUCAACAAUGACACCAAUGAGUUCACCAUGCUAGCACCUCUUGACCCUCUGGGCCAUAACUAUGGAAUUUAUACGGUGACAGACCAGGAUCCUCGCACAGCUAAAGAGAUUGCACUUGGACGCUGCUUUGAUGGCACUUCUGAUGGUACAUCUCGAGUCAUGAAGAGCAAUGAGGGCGUAGCGCUGACGUUCACCUGCGGAGAUCAUGACGCGACACGCCAGAGUGCCUUUCAGGCCGUACAAAGUCCUCAAGGUCAGAUAGUAACAAGUGUGGUGAGAGAAGGCAGACAGAACAAACGCCGGCAGAGGGCCAACGCACCCCGCAGCAGUCGUAGACGUAGUGCCAGAAAUCCUACAGGAAGACGUGCAGCCACAAGCUAA